CCGCUGCCGCGCCCCGCCAUGGCCCGGCGACCCGGGCCCGCCGCCCCGCGCCCGCCGCCCCCCGCGCCCCGGGGGCUCCGCUGAGCAGGCAUCGGAGGGCCGGGCCGGCGGGGCGAGGGUCCCGCCCGAUCGCCCGCUCCGGGGGACGCGACGCCCCGCGCCUCCAGCCUGGACCACCCCGCUGCCCGGCCACGUCCAUGCCAAGGGCACACCCCGCAGCGCUGACAUGGCUGAGAGCACCCCGCCAGCCUCCUCUUCUGCAGCAGCGCCAGCCCCUGAGCUGGGAAUAACAGUGCAGCCGGGGCCGCAGAGCCCCCCGCCGUCCCCGCCAGGCCUGGAGGAGCCCCUGGAUGGAGCUGAUCCUGAAGUCCCCCAUCCCGACCUGGCGCCAGUUGCCUUCUUCUGCCUGCGACAGACCACCAGCCCCCGGAACUGGUGCAUCAAGAUGGUGUGUAACCCGUGGUUCGAGUGUGUGAGCAUGCUGGUGAUCCUGCUCAACUGCGUGACGCUCGGCAUGUACCAGCCCUGUGACGACAUGGACUGCCUGUCUGACCGCUGCAAGAUCCUGCAGGUCUUCGACGACUUCAUCUUCAUCUUCUUCGCCAUGGAGAUGGUGCUCAAGAUGGUGGCCCUGGGCAUUUUUGGCAAGAAGUGCUACCUGGGGGACACCUGGAACCGCCUGGACUUCUUCAUUGUCAUGGCAGGGAUGGUCGAGUACUCUCUGGACCUUCAGAACAUCAACCUGUCGGCCAUCCGCACUGUGCGCGUCCUGAGGCCCCUCAAAGCCAUCAACCGCGUGCCGAGCAUGCGGAUCCUGGUGAACCUGCUGCUGGACACGCUGCCCAUGCUGGGGAACGUCCUCCUGCUCUGCUUCUUCGUCUUCUUCAUCUUCGGCAUCAUCGGCGUGCAGCUCUGGGCGGGCCUGCUGCGCAACCGCUGCUUCCUGGAGGAGAACUUCACCAUACAAGGGGACGUGGCCCUGCCCCCCUACUACCAGCCGGAAGAAGAUGACGAGAUGCCCUUCAUCUGCUCGCUGUCGGGGGACAAUGGCAUCAUGGGCUGCCACGAGAUCCCCCCACUCAAGGAGCAGGGCCGGGAGUGCUGCCUGUCCAAGGACGACGUCUACGACUUCGGGGCGGGGCGCCAGGACCUCAACGCCAGCGGCCUCUGUGUCAACUGGAACCGCUACUACAACGUGUGCCGCACGGGCAGCGCCAACCCCCACAAGGGCGCCAUCAACUUUGACAACAUCGGUUACGCCUGGAUCGUCAUCUUCCAGGUGAUCACGCUGGAGGGCUGGGUGGAGAUCAUGUACUACGUGAUGGACGCCCACUCCUUCUACAACUUCAUCUACUUCAUCCUGCUCAUCAUAGUGGGCUCCUUCUUCAUGAUCAACCUGUGCCUCGUUGUCAUAGCGACCCAGUUCUCGGAGACCAAGCAGCGGGAGCACCGGCUGAUGCUGGAGCAGCGGCAGCGCUACCUGUCCUCCAGCACAGUGGCCAGCUACGCCGAGCCGGGCGACUGCUACGAGGAGAUCUUCCAGUACGUCUGCCACAUCCUGCGCAAGGCCAAGCGGCGAGCGCUGGGCCUCUACCAGGCCCUGCAGAGCCGGCGCCAGGCCCUGGGCCCAGGGGUACCUGCCCCUGCCAAGCCCGGGCCCCACGCCAGGGAGCCCAGGCACUGCAAGCUGUGCCCGAGACACAGCCCCCUGGACCCAACGCCCCACACGCUGGUGCAGCCCAUCUCUGCCAUGCUGGCCUCCGACCCUGCCAGCUGCCCACACUGCCAGCACGAGGCAGGCCGGCAGCCCUCGGGCCCCGGCAGCACUGACUCGGGCCAGGAGGGCUCGGGCUGCGGGGGCUCCGGUGGCGGUGAGGCUGAAGCCGACCGGGACGGGCCCCGGAGCAGCGAGGACGGGGCCUCCUCAGGCCUGGGGAAAGAGGACGACGAGGAGCCGGUGGGGGCAGUCCGGCUGUGUGGGGACCUGUGGCGGGAGACUCGGGCCAAGCUGCGGGGCAUUGUGGACAGCAAGUACUUCAACCGGGGCAUCAUGAUGGCCAUCCUGGUCAACACCGUCAGCAUGGGCAUCGAGCACCACGAACAGCCCGAGGAGCUGACCAACAUCCUGGAGAUCUGCAACGUGGUCUUCACCAGCAUGUUCGCCCUGGAGAUGAUCCUGAAGCUCGCUGCCUUUGGACUCUUUGACUACCUGCGAAACCCCUACAACAUCUUCGACAGCAUCAUCGUCAUCAUCAGCAUCUGGGAGAUCGUGGGGCAGGCAGACGGCGGGCUGUCGGUGCUGCGCACCUUCCGGCUGCUGCGGGUGCUGAAGCUGGUGCGUUUCAUGCCUGCGCUGCGGCGCCAGCUCGUGGUGCUCAUGAAGACCAUGGACAACGUGGCCACCUUCUGCAUGCUGCUCAUGCUCUUCAUCUUCAUCUUCAGCAUCCUCGGGAUGCACAUCUUUGGCUGCAAGUUCAGCCUCCGCACAGACACGGGAGACACGGUUCCCGACAGGAAGAACUUUGACUCCCUGCUCUGGGCCAUUGUCACGGUGUUCCAGAUCCUCACCCAGGAGGACUGGAACGUCGUCCUCUACAAUGGCAUGGCCUCCACCUCCCCCUGGGCCUCCCUCUACUUUGUUGCUCUCAUGACCUUCGGCAACUAUGUGCUUUUCAACCUGCUGGUGGCCAUCCUGGUGGAGGGUUUCCAGGCUGAGGGGGACGCCAACCGCUCCUACUCAGAUGAGGACCAGAGCUCGUCCAACAUGGAGGAGUUCGACAAGUUCCAGGAGGGCCUGGACAGCAGCGGAGAUCCCAAGCUCUAUCCAAUUCCCCUGACCCCCAAUGGGCACCUGGACCCCAGUCUUCCACUGGGUGGGCACCUGGGUCCUGCUGGGGCUGUGGGCCCUGCACCCCGCCUCUCGCUGCAGCCAGACCCCAUGCUGGUGGCCUUGGAUUCCCGCAAGAGCAGCGUCAUGUCCCUGGGGAGGAUGAGCUAUGAUCAGCGCUCCCUGUCCAGCUCCCGGAGCUCCUACUACGGACCUUGGGGCCGCAGCGGGGCCUGGGCCAGCCGCCGCUCCAGCUGGAACAGUCUCAAGCACAAGCCGCCCUCGGCUGAGCACGAGUCUCUGCUCUCGGCGGAGCGCAGCGGCGCGCGGACCUGCGAGGGCGCCCGGGACGAGGGGCCGCCGCGCACUGCGCCGCUGCACGCCCCGCACGCCCACCACGCGCACCAUGGACCCCACCUGGCGCACCGCCACCGCCACCACCGCCGGACGCUGUCCCUCGACACCAGGGACUCAGUGGACCUGGCCGAGUUGGUGCCCGCCCUGGGCGUCCACCCGAGGGCCGCCUGGAGGGCAGCGGGCCCGGCCCCCGGGCACGAAGACUGCAACGGCAGGAUGCCCAGCAUCGCCAAGGACGUCUUCACCAAGAUGGACGACCGCCGGGAUCGCGGAGAGGACGAGGAGGAGAUGGACUACACUCUGUGUUUCCGCGUCCGCAAGAUGAUCGACGUCUACAAGCCUGACUGGUGCGAGGUUCGCGAGGACUGGUCGGUCUACCUCUUCUCCCCCGAGAACAGGUUCCGCGUCCUGUGUCAGACCAUCAUUGCCCACAGGCUCUUCGACUAUGUGGUCCUGGCCUUCAUCUUCCUCAACUGCAUCACCAUCGCCCUGGAGCGGCCCCAGAUCGAGGCUGGCAGCACUGAACGCAUCUUCCUCACGGUGUCCAACUACAUCUUCACAGCCAUCUUCGUGGGCGAGAUGACACUGAAGGUGGUCUCGCUGGGCCUGUACUUUGGCGAGCAGGCGUACCUGCGCAGCAGCUGGAACGUGCUGGACGGCUUCCUGGUUUUCGUGUCCAUCAUCGACAUCGUGGUGUCCUUGGCCUCGGCCGGGGGAGCCAAGAUCCUGGGGGUCCUCCGGGUCCUGAGGCUCCUGCGCACCCUCCGCCCCCUGCGUGUCAUCAGCAGGGCCCCUGGCCUGAAGCUGGUGGUGGAGACGCUCAUCUCCUCCCUCAAGCCUAUCGGGAACAUCGUCCUCAUCUGCUGCGCCUUCUUUGUCAUCUUUGGCAUCCUGGGGGUGCAGCUCUUCAAGGGCAAGUUCUACCACUGCCUGGGUGUGGACACCCGCAACAUCACCAACCGCUCCGACUGCGUGGCUGCCAACUACCGCUGGGUCCAUCACAAAUACAACUUUGAUAACCUGGGCCAGGCGCUGAUGUCCCUCUUUGUCCUGGCCUCCAAGGACGGCUGGGUGAACAUCAUGUACAACGGGCUGGAUGCUGUGGCUGUGGACCAGCAGCCUGUGACCAACCACAACCCCUGGAUGCUGCUGUACUUCAUCUCCUUCCUGCUCAUCGUCAGCUUCUUCGUGCUCAACAUGUUCGUGGGUGUGGUGGUGGAGAACUUCCACAAGUGCCGGCAGCACCAGGAGGCCGAGGAGGCCCGGCGGCGCGAGGAGAAGCGGCUGCGGCGCCUGGAGAAGAAGCGCCGCAAGGCCCAGAGGCUGCCCUACUAUGCCACCUACUGUCACACGCGGCUGCUCAUUCACUCCAUGUGCACCAGCCACCACCUGGACAUCUUCAUCACCUUUGUCAUCUGCCUCAAUGUGGUCACCAUGUCCCUGGAGCACUACAACCAGCCCACGUCCCUGGAGACAGCUCUCAAGUACUGCAACUACAUGUUCACCACUGUCUUUGUGCUGGAGGCUGUGCUGAAGCUGGUGGCAUUUGGUCUGAGGCGCUUCUUCAAGGACCGGUGGAACCAGCUGGACCUGGCCAUCGUGCUGCUCUCUGUCAUGGGUAUCACGCUGGAAGAGAUUGAGAUCAACGCAGCGCUGCCCAUCAACCCCACCAUCAUCCGCAUCAUGCGGGUUCUGCGCAUCGCCCGGGUGCUGAAGCUGCUGAAGAUGGCCACUGGAAUGCGGGCCCUGCUGGACACCGUGGUGCAGGCUCUGCCCCAGGUGGGCAACCUGGGCCUCCUCUUCAUGCUGCUCUUCUUCAUCUACGCUGCCCUGGGAGUGGAGCUCUUCGGGAAGCUGGUCUGCAACGACGAGAACCCGUGCGAGGGCAUGAGCCGGCACGCGACCUUCGAGAACUUCGGCAUGGCCUUCCUCACACUCUUCCAGGUCUCCACGGGUGACAACUGGAACGGGAUCAUGAAGGACACGCUACGGGACUGCACCCAGGACGAGCGCAGCUGCCUGAGCAGCCUGCAGUUCGUGUCCCCGCUGUACUUCGUCAGCUUCGUGCUGACCGCGCAGUUCGUGCUCAUCAACGUGGUGGUGGCCGUGCUCAUGAAACACCUGGACGACAGCAACAAGGAGGCGCAGGAGGACGCCGAGAUGGACGCCGAGAUCGAGCUGGAGAUGGCGCACGGCCUGGGCCCCAGCCCGAGGCCGCCCCCCAGCUCCCCGGGAGGCCCGGGCCGAGGGCCAGGAGGGGCGGGCGGCGGGGGUGACCCUGAGGGCCGCCUAUGCCGGCGCUGCUACUCCCCAGCCCAGGAGAACCUGUGGCUGGACAGCGUCUCUUUAAUCAUCAAGGACUCCUUGGAGGGGGAGCUGACCAUCAUCGACAACCUGUCCGGCUCCAUCUUCCACCACUACUCCUCGCCCGCCGGCUGCGAGAAGUGUCACCAUGACAAGCAGGAGGUAGUGCAGCUGGCUGAGACAGAGGCCUUCUCCCUCAACUCAGACCGGUCCUCGUCCAUCCUGCUGGGUGACGACCUGAGUCUUGAGGACCCCACGGCCUGCCCGCCUGGUCCCAAAGACAGCAAGGGUGAGCUGGACGCGCCCGAGCCCACGCGGGUGGGGGACCUGGGCGACUGCUUCUUCCCCUUGUCCCACACGGCCGUGUCCACGGGCGCAGAGAACUUCCUGUGCGAGAUGGAGGCAACCCCAUUCAACCCUGUCCGGUCCUGGCUGAAACACGAGAGCAGCCAAGACGCCUCCAGCCCACUCCUGACCAUGCCUGCCGAGUUCUUCCACCCAGCUGUGUCUGCCAGCCAGAAAGGGCAGGAGAAGGGUGCUGGCGCUGGGACCCUCCCCAAGAUUGCCCUGCAGGGCUCCUGGGCAUCUCUGCGGUCACCAAGUGUCAACUGUACCUUCCUCCGGCAGGCCACUGUGAGUGACACGUCGCUGGACGCCAGCCCCAGCAGCUCGGCGGGCAGCCUGCAGACCACGCUGGAGGACAGCCUGACCCUGAGCGACAGUCCCCGGCGCGCGCUGGGGCCGCCCGUUCCGGCCGCGGGGCCGCGGGCUGGCCUGUCGCCCGCCACGCGCCGGCGGCUGAGCCUGCGGGGCCGCGGGCUGUUCAGCCUGCGCGGGCUGCGGGCGCACCAGCGCAGCCACAGCAGCGGGGGCUCCACCAGCCCGGGCUGCACCCUGCACGACUCCAUGGACCCGUCGGACGAGGAGGGCCGCGGCGGCGCGGGCGGCGGCGGCGCGGGCAGCGAGCACUCGGAGACGCUCAGCAGCCUGUCGCUCACGUCGCUCUUCUGCCCGCCGCCCGCGCCGCCGCCGCCCGGCCUCACGCCCGCGCGCAAGUUCAGCAGCACCAGCAGCCUGGCCGCGCGCCCCGCGCCCCGCGCCGCGCUCGCCCGCGGCCUGGCGCGCAGCCCCUCGUGGGCCGCGGACCGCAGCAAGGACCCGCCGCGCCGGGCGCAGCCCGCCCCGGGCCUCGGCCCCGCGGCGCCCGAACCGCAGCCGCCGCCCGGGGAGCUGGAGGCGGCGGACGCGGCGAGCAAGAGGAAGAGAUGAGGGCCGCAGGGGCCGCGCGACGCCAUCGCCGCCCGCCCGCCCCGUCUCACCGUCUUUACCUCAGGAGCCAGGGAGCAGACAGCAAUACUCGUCCCACCCCGGAGGCGCGGGGGCGCCCCGGCCCGGCCCGGGGUCCAGGAGGCGCCGCGGUGGUCGCGGCGCGCGCCCCCAGCGCAUAUACAUAUACAUAUGCAGCAUAGAUAUACAUAGACAGACAUAUAUAUUUAUUUUUUUUACUGAGAGCUUAUGAAUUCCAGAAAGUGCUAAAGUUGGGGCGCGGGCCAGGCUGCUCAGGGGCCGGGCCCCCAGGGCAGAGGGUCCUGGCCGGGCAUGGCGGCCGCGGUUUGGGCGGCUCCCUGGGUUGGGAGUAGCUGGAGAGGAUUCUCCGGGCUCAGAGGCCCAGAAGAGGUGCGAUUCAGGGUGCACUUUUUCCCUUUAAAGAAGAGACGCUGCUAAGAUCCCCCCACCACCCAAGUGUCGGGGUGUCUGUCUUGUCCUCUGACUGUCCUGUUGUUGUGAGAUCUUUUGUAGACACCCCAGAGCACACUAACCCUCUUAGUCAAAUGGUUAGAUGUUUUCUUUAGAAAAUCAGGGGCAGGUAGACAUUUUCUUAGGGCAGGGGUGGGGUAGAGGGCAGCUCCAAGGCCGGCCGGGGUCCUUGUGCCAGGUGAGGUUGUGACCUCAGUGAGCACUUUGGGGGGUAGGUUUCUGCUCCCAGGAAGGCCCUGAGCAGGGUAGCUGCUAAGAGAGGACAGGUGACAGGGGAGUGAGCAGAUUUUAAGGGUCAAGUCCACCCUCCUGGUCCAGGCUGAUGCCCCUGAACUGGGGCGGUUUGUUGUGUGGGGACCUGCCCUUCGCUUGGGUCCAGGCUGCAGCCGUUUCUGGAGGUUGUGAUCACCCCGCCCUGAGCAGCUCUCUCCCUGCCCUAGUGGACUUCAGAGUACAGCAGGUCCCACAGGAUUCUAAGUAGGGGGGCACCUGCCCAGGCCUUGGGACCAGUCCCCUCCCUGCCUUCACCUCCUUCACCCUUAAGUGGGGUCACCUGGAGACCCAUAUCCUCCAACUCCCUGGUGGCCCGUCCCUGGGUCUCCGUCUCACUGUCCCUAAGCUGCAGGUCAGGUUUCACUACAGUAGUGCUUCCCAAAUGGGUUCUGGACGGGUGUUUUUGUUUAAAUAGUUAUGCAUUUAUUUCAUUAUUUAUUAGGAAAAAACAUAACACGUUGAACCCAUGAUCUCACAGGCGCACUGCUUAGGUCAAGGCUGAGUUCUGAAAAGUGAGUCGAUGGAAAGUCAGUUUAAGGAAGGCGAUUGGGAACGUGUCGGCAGCAGCGUCUGCGGACUCAGUGGAAACACAGCAGGGUUGGCAAAGGCGAUGCUCAGCGGUCGGGGCCUUGCCUCUGCUGACAUUGGCCCCGCUGUGGUGGCUUUGUCCUUGCUCCCCAACCCUCCCUUCACAGAGGUUGACUUCCCGAGGGCUGCGUCGACAGGCUCCGGGGGAACUCCAGGCUGCUGCAGGAACCCUUGGGCCUGGGUGCUGUAGCAGAGUGGGGAGGAUGUGGGUGACGGGGACACUGUUGCCUGGAGGCCCUUCUUACGGCCGAGUCGCGGGGCCUCCUGUGCACUGAGGCAGCCCAGGCCCAGAGGGGAAGCUGUGAAGAAGCUGGGGUCCCUGGAAGAGCCAGUGGAGGGCAGAACCUAAACACCUAGGCUGUGCAAAGCACCCAGGGUUUCAAAGAUGAGUGGUCAGGGCAUCCAGCCUGACCUCCAUGGGGACAGGUUCUGAUGCUGCCUGACGGCCUCCGGUUUUCUGGGCCCAGCCUCUGUCCUCUUGUUUAAUCUGCAGGGCAGCCCUGUGGGCGCUCCUAGCAGACUUUCCAGCAUCACCUGUUCUCAGGGGCUGGCAGGGAUUUCGCCUAGGCAUGUCUGAUAUGAAGCCAUCCCUUUACCCUGAACCAUGUGACCCUGCAACAACAGGCACAUGAGGAGGACAUUCUAGGCAAAGGGACAGGCGUGAGCAGAGGCCAGGGCCAGCACAGCAGGGCAUAGGAGAAGAUGGGAACAGCUGGACCCAGAGGCAGAGAAGCUUGGCUCCGGAGCUGGUUCCGGGAUGGUCCCUACUGCCGAUUCCUGGUGUUUGGCCUCAUUCCUGUGGGUGUCAGGGGACCAAGGGACCAGGAAGCUGUGAAGCACUGGCCUGAACAAGCCGAGAUGGAAGUGGGUUGGGCAAACGGUCCCUCCUCCCUCUCCAACUCUGUGACCUGGGGCUGUGUCCCUCACAAAAGCACAAACUUGCCCUCCUCCACUUUGGCCUGGCUGUGGUGAGGACAGGGACCAGGUGCCAACACCCUUGAAGUUGUUUGUUUGCCAGCCUUUUUGGGGCCCCUUGGCAUCUGCAGAGAGGACCUUGGGACCAGGCGGGCAGUGGCCUUCGGCCCCAGGUGGCCGGCGGAAGCAGGACCAAGCACAGUAGCAGCCUGCCUGCCCGUUCCCUGCCCCUCCUCCUGGAGCCUGCGCUCCAGCCCCUUUGCUGCGCUGUGUAAGGGCUUGAGGCCUCAGAAGCCACUGUUCAGCCCAGACACACAUGACUCUUUUUGUCUUUGUGCAAUAAUCAAUGUUCCUGGCAGAGCCAGAGCCAAGCCGGGGCCUGGGGAGGAGGCAGAGGUCACCUCCUCCAGGAAGCCCUCGGCUGGCUCGGCCACUGUGGCUGCAGCACCCCCGUCACUGUACAGUUUCUAUGGUGUGAAUGAACCUCCCUUCUAGUUGCUGAUGGCGCUGGUCCCUGCUGGCUCAGACGGCCCAGCCGUGGAGACCAAGCGGCCACUCCAGCAGUGUUGUUUUGAAUAAAACCCAGAUACCUAUUUAGG